AUGUCCGAGGCCUCACUAGGAAGCGGGUAUGCUGGAGACUACAGCGACAUGACCGACUUGCUCGCCCCGUUCUCCCUCGACGGCGGCAGCAGAGCGCGCGAUCACUCGGCGAGCUCGAGGGGGAGCAGGCAGCUGUCACGCGGGUCGUCGGACGGAAGCGCCGCGAGUGCUGCGAGUGCUACAAGUGAAGGCGGGCACAAGCUUGGCUCCAAGCGUACAGUGCGCGACGGACGUAAGCGGGCUGGUCUUACCCGCUCGCGGUCGGUCGCCGUGCCUGAGCGAAAGUCAGUGGUGGCUGGGCGUGGGCGCGGGCGCGGGCGCGGACGUGGCUCGCGGCGUGGUGGGCGCGGUGGCGCAGCUCGUCGGCUCAAAUCGGUGGGCCUGGGCGAGCGGGCGGCGUCAACUCCUAUCGUUGACUCUCUUGUAGCAUCCGAGCUGGAGCAGCCGUCAUCGCCGCGGGCGCUGGCAAAGUCGAAGCACCGGAGCUCUACAUACAAGCGACAGAUGUCCAAAGAGUACGAAGACGAGAUCAGCCGCGCCAUUGCCAAGGCUGGCGCCAGCAGCACCAACCACGAUGGCCACAUUGACCCAUCGGCGGUUGUAGUAGACACGCUUCGUCGCGACAAAGCCAUCCUCUCGCGACAGCUCAAGGGCGCGCGUCAAGAGGCAGCGGCCGCAGCAGCCGCGGCUGCUGCGGCCGCCGACGAGGACCAGGCGACCAUUGCCCGACUGCAACGCGAAGUUCAUGACCUGCAGUCGUCACUUCUCACUAUGCGGACUACCAUCUACGCCCGGUCGCACUACUACCGCCAACUCUGCACCACCGACGAGGAGCGGGCCGAGCUGGUGACGAUGGAGUCCAACUCGCUGGCCGAGAUCGAAGCGUGGAAAAGCGCGCUGGAAGCGCAGUACGCGUCGGACCGCAAUUCGGCGGCCCACCGAGUGGCCAAGCUCAAGGCGGGCCUUGCUGCUGCACUUUCAGACAAGAAGGAGCUGGUGGCACAGCUGGAGGAUGCGCGGGCCGAGCUGGCCAAGCGCGAAGACUCGCACCUGUUCCUGGAGCUCAAGGCCCACAAGGAUACCAAGCGCAAGCUCUGCAUCACCAUUGAGAUGCUCCGCGAGAAGCUGACUCACAUUAGGACGACGUCGCCGGCUCCGACUCGAGAGCUCAACGCAGCGCACAAGCGCAUUGCCGAGCUGCAGGCCAUCCUCAAGGACAAAUCGCGCGAGUCGUUCUCGCUUUCGCAAGAGUUCACCAAGCGCUCCGUCUCGCGCGAGGCCUCCAUCCGCGCCGAUGUCGAGCUCAAGCUCAAACCGCAGCUUGAGGCUAUUGAGGCGCGACACGCUGCGCAGGUGGCAGACCUCCGCGAACAACUCGCCGACGCGGCCAAGGCCCAAAACGCGUCCCGCGACGAGCUCGCUGCGCUUGAGGCCUCACUCGAGCGGUCCAAGGCUGCACUUGCAGACAAGUCGAACGCCCUCGCCGACAUGGAGGCCGCGGCGGCGGCUGCUGCUGCGGCCGCCGCCGCCGACAAGGCCACCAUUGCCCAGCUACAGGCAGACAAGGACGAGCUGGCAUUCCUGCUCAAGGAGUCGGCGGAAGCCACGCGGGCAGAGGCUUCGGGCCACGUCCAGGCCAGUGAGCGUGCUCAAUCUGCGGCAGCCCGCUUGGCCGAGCUCGAGGCUGAGCUCGCGGCAGCACGGGCUGACCGCGACAAGAUUCGAGCUGCAGCCGAGACGCUGCAGGCCAACAACGACACGCUCGGCACGUAUUGCAAGCAGCUACUGGCUGAAGCUCAGGCAGCGCGCGACGCGGAAGCUCUGGCGAAGCGCGAGGCGGCGGCGGCGGGCGCGGCGGCGGCGGGCACGCUCUUGACGCCAACGUCGACACCGGCAGGCACGCCGGCCAAGUCGCCCGUGGUCGCUGCGCUCGCUGCUGAGGGCCGCCGCCGCUCGCGGUCUGGCUCACUGUCUGACUCGGACGCGACCGCGCUUCGGAUGGCACGGCUGCAGGGCAAGGUGUCGGCGAUGCAGACUUCGCUUGCUGCGGCAAGUGUUGCACGCGAGGCCGCCGCCCGCUAUGAUACGCUCUUUGUUGAGGUCUCGCGCGACCUCCGCGCUGCAUCGUCGGCGCUGCAUAGUGCCGAUCCUCACGCAGCGCGCACUGCGCUCGAUGCCGCCACCAAGUCGAUGAGCGACUUUACUGCCGAGACCCAGCUGCCGCCAUCACCAGACAAGGUUGUGGCGCGCGCACAAACUCGAGUGGACAACGAGCAGGCCCGACUCAUCGACGCGCUCGCACAGUUGAAGCUGCUUGCAGUCUCGUCGCGCUCAUCUUCGCGCGCAUCAUCGCCUGUUCCGUCAGCCGACAUCGAACACGGCGAGAGUGGCACCGAGUCGCUGGCCAUGCCAACGUCUGAGUUGGAAAGACUGCGGAGCGAACUGGACGCCGCUCGGGCAGGCAACGCUCGCCUGGAGGCGCAGGUCGAGGUGCUCUCGGCUAACAUGGACCUUGCACACUUUGCCGACGCCCACGCUUCGGCCGAGGCGGCGGCCGCCUCGGCAAAGGGCAUCAUGACCAGCGCUGGCGCCGACGAUGAAGCCUUGCUUCGCGUCCGCGCCCUUCAGGCGCAGGUCAAACGCCUCGAGUCUGUCGUCUCCAUUGCAGCUGCACUCGUGGGUCAUGAGGUUCUUGGCUCAGCAGCCGACGCUAGCGAGGUCAAGGAUACUGGCGGCUAUAAUGCUAGCUCUGCUUCAGGCUCGGACUCGUCAUCGGACGACGGCAGUCGCGACACUCCACUAGACGCGCUGGCGGAGCGAUUGGGGCCGCAGCUAGAGCGCCUGGCCGAGGCCGCGUAUCAGGCGUUCGAGUCCGAAGCAGUGGCUCAGCUGGAGACCGCGCUGGAAGCACGCCAGCGCGAGUUGCACACGCUACUUGUGGAGCGCGGCGAGCUCGAGCUUGCAGAGGCUACCUCGGCGCGCGACGUGGCCGAAGUCGCGCUCAUCCACGCCUCUGCCCACAACGCAAGCUUGCAGGGGCAAGUCGAGGGCCUGUACGCUACGUUUGGAUUUAUGGAGCUCCUCAACUUGUCGUCCCGGGUUGAGGCCGCGCGUGCGCUGGGCGUCGAUGCGCUGAUGAGUCGACUGGAGAGCGGCGAGACGUCUGCGGCACAGAGCGAGCUUGCCAAAGAGCUGUCGGAGCUCAAGAGUGGGGUGAAGCUGGCAACGUACGUGGCGCAGCAGCAAGAUGCAGUGCACGCGGCCCAGGCGAAACUUGUCGCCGUGGUGUCCAAGCUUGAGGCUGAAAGUCCAGAUGUUCUCUCUGAUGAGCUCCGUUUGGAGCUUGCUGAAGCGCUGGACGUGCCUGCGCCACCAGCUGCCCUGCCUUCUGUGGCGGCUAUGGCGAAGCGAGCAGCGCCCAUGCUGGAUGCCGAAGUGGACGAGUUGAAUGCGCUGCGUGAGUCUUCGGGGCGGGUUCGGGCUGGGGUCGAGCAGCUGGUUGACCACCUUGAAGCUGAGCUCCUGGGCCCGCAAGCGCGUGGUGCGCUCGACGAGCUUGUGGUGCUAACCGGCCUCUCACCGCUUGAAGGCCGCUCGUUGGCGGGCAGGCGGCUGACACGGGAGCGGUCUGCGUCAUUUACCACCGAGGAUCCUCACCUGGAGAUUGCGGUGCUACGUCGUCAGCUGGCGUCGACCAAGGCACAGCUCGAGGGUGCACGGAGCAUGGUCUCGCUGGGACGGUUUGCCGCCAUUGAGCUCGACAAGAUGGAGCACCGGGCACCGAUUUCUGUGUCUGAGCUGGCCAAGCUGCAGUCAGAGCAUGUGGCAAUCAAGGAGCGCAACGCGGCGCUAUUGAAGGCGCGCAAAACCCUCGAAUCGAAGACGUCUGUGCUUGCAGAGAAGCUGCAGGUGACACAAGAGAUGCUUGCCGGAUACCUGGGCACCGACGGCGCGUCAGGAGCCCGACAAGUCGAGGCCCGGCUCGACGAGCUGGCAGCGGAAAAGGUGGAGUUGGCGGGCCAGCUGGACGCGGCGACCAAGUCGCUCGAGGCGAUGACGCUCAAGGCCGCUGAGGCCCAGAUGGCGUUGGAGCAGGCUCAAUCGAGCGAGGCAGUCGUGUCGGCGACGACUGUCAGCAGCGGCCAGAGCGCCGAGCUCAGAUCGCAAGUGGCAAGCCUUGAGGCUCAGGCCGAGACCGACGAGGCGGAGCGGCGGCGUCUGGCGAAUCGGGUCGAGUCACUGUCAUCGAGGCAUGCGCAGAUGGAGUCCAUCCUGAAGGCAUACCUAGAGAACGAGUCUCAGGGCUCGCAGGCACUCGCCAAUGAGUUUGACCGCAUCCUGCAGGAAAAGUCCGAUGUGGAGGCGGCGCUGGCGCAGCAACGGGCCGAGUCGUCCGCAGCACUGGCAGAAAUGACAGAGCAGCUCGAGGUGCUCCGUCAGGCACAGGGCAACGUGCUUGAUCGGGGCAGCCAUCGCCGGGCGGUGUCGAUGGGCGGCAGCGCUUCUGCGCACUCGUCCAUCCAAGCACUGCAUGAGCAGCUUGCGUCAGAGCGGGCGUCGGCGAGUGCAACCGAGGCCGAGCUCCGCGACACGAUUGACGAGCUCAACAGACGCCUGGGUGCAGCGAAUGCGAUGUUGGGACAGUUUGUCGAGAGCGACUCGGCGUCCAAAACGGAGCUGAAGGGACACAUUCAGGCUGUGGCAAUGGAGAAGGAGGCGAUGGAGGAGAAGAUCCACGCUGCAGAGCAGGCGGUGUCGGUGGCCGAGCACGAGAGCCAGGUGGCUCAGCUGGAGAUUGUCCGGCUGACCAACGAGAAUCUGGUGCUCUCUUCAAAGAUCAAGUCGCUGCAGUUCCAGGUAGAGCAGGCCGAGACAUCGUCGCCGCGCAAGCAGGAGGCGCUUCUCCGACGGCAGCUAUCGACGUCGCUGGCGCGGCUUGACGCGGCUGACGGCAACGAGUCUGCGGCAGAUUUGUCGGCAAGUGCGUUCGAUCUGGAUUUGGGUGACGAGACGCUGCGUCCACGGGUUCGCGCGAUAGCCGAUAAGCACGAUCUGUUGCGUGAGCUGCUUGGCACGUAUGUGGCCGACGAAGAGCAGGGCGGUGGUAAGCUCCUGGACCAGCUUGACGCGCUUGUGGAAGAGCGCGCGGAGCUGGAAAUGCAACUUGUGAAGGCGAAUGCUGUGAAGGACGCACUGCUGACGUCGCAGGACCAGCUGCGUGCGCAGCUCGCUCAGGCUAAGCGGCGAUCAGGCUCUGCGCUAGGCUCGCCAGCGGACUAUGAGUCGGACAUGGCGAGCGUGUUCUCCGGACCCGGCUCGGCAACGGGCUCGCUUCCGGCGGACAACUCGGGCUCUCUGCUUGCGCAGCUGCGCGAGCGUAACACCGAGCUGGAAGCCGCCAACGAGGCACUUGGCGAUCAGCUGGACAUGUGGGACGCGCGGUUCAAUGCGCUCAUGAGCAAGUAUGCAGUCAUGCAGUCGACGCUCUCCGAGUACUUGCGAGACGAGCAGUCGGGCUCGCGAAACCUCGCCGUCGAACUAGGUGAGUUGCUCGAUCAGCGCAAUGCAGCAGAGCUCCGCAUUCACGAGCUUACCAAAGAGCUCGAUGCUGCACGAGCAGAUGCUCAGAUGCUCAAGUCGACCGGGAGCGUGGGGCUACAGUCGGGUGGUGUGCACAACAGCCGGAGUCGGCGUGGCGAUGCUGAGGCGGCGCAAACGCGCGACCAGAUGGCGUCGUUGCAGUCGUCGCUGGCAGCGGCGAACACGCGCGCGGCCGAGUUGGCGGCGCAACUUGAGGCGGUCGAUGCCGCUCUGGGGCGCGCAUCGUCAACAGUGGACGCCGAAGGCGACUGCGGGCGGGCCGAGAUUGUGGAUGCACUUGUUGCCAAGGUCGGUGAGACCGAAGGUCAGCUCCGUGAGUCGCGACGACAGCUGAUCGACGCCAAUCUGCGGCGGCGGGCCAAGGCCGAGAGCGCCAGCAGUGCUAUGAGUAGAGACGACGACGGAUCUGACGGGCCGCGGGUGCACGCUCUCGAACGACGGGUCCAGGUGCUCACUGAGAAGUUGACAACGGUCCACGGCAUGCUGGCAGGGUACAUGGACGGCGAGGACGAGGCAAGCAAGCUGGAGCGUAUCGACACUGUGGUGGACGAGCUGGCUGAGAAAAAGGCGUCUGCCGAGGCGCAGCUGCGCGAGACCGAGGCGGCGCUGCGAACUGAGUCAGAGGCUCUGUCGGAAGCGCGCCGCGAGCUGGAGCGUGCGCUGGCCAGUGGAGGAGGGAAUGGCGAGGAAAGCCCAGAUAUGGAGGCGCUGCGAAAGGCUAAGGAAGAUGUAGAGCGGAAGCUGGAGGCUCAGCUGCGGGUGGUGGACUCGCUGCGGUUCUCGGUGCGGGAGUACGAGCGCGACUAUGAAGUUGCCGACUCUGAGCGGGCGUUGUACUCGUCGGAGCACGAAUACGUGCUGAAGGCUCUCAAUGCUGAGCGCAAGUUGCAUGAUUUGGUGCCACUGCGUGAUGCAAAGCAAGCGGUCGAGUCAAUGCUAGCUGUCUCACGGGCCAACGAAGACAUGCUGGCCAAGGCGCAGCGCAAGGUGGCGCGGGCCGAGGAGCGAUACGAGGAGCUGGAGUUGGAGUCGCAAGAGGCGAUGGACGCGCUGGAAGAGCGCAUGUCGCUACUCUCGGCCAAGCAUGAAAAGCUUCACGGAAUGCUGUCGGCGGUGAUGACCAACUCGCAGAUGGAGGACUCUGACCGGAACGCGUUGGACGUGGUGGUGUCUCGACUCGACGAGAUGGUGGACGAAAACGCCAAGCUGGUGACCCAGCGCGAUGUGCUUGCGAACCAGGUGACCGAGCUGGAAAAUGCUGUCGAGCGUAGCAAGGUCGAUGCUCCUCCAGGUGGCGCGAGCGAUGCCGAGAUCGAGGCACUCGAGGCCGAGCACGAGGCCGAGAUGGAGGCUCUCAACGGUCGUGUCGUACGACUGGCAGACAAGCUGCAGUACGUAGAGACGAUGCUGACCCGUGCGCUCGAGACCGAGGGCGAGGGGACCGCUGACGCCGUCUAUGCUGCGCUUGACGAGGUCCUUGCUGCCAAGCGCGCUCUGGAGCUGGAGAAUACGCGGUUAGCGGCGGAGGUGGAGGCUGCUCGCGAGGCUGCAGACGAUGUGGAGACGGAGGCGAGUACGGAUGCUGAGGCAGAAGCCAGGUUUGAGGUUCUCAACAAGCGGGUGGCCAAGCUUUCGGACCGGCUGGUGUACGUCCAGGACAUGCUGCGGGCUGCGCUAGAGGCCGAGGAUGCCAGUGCAGUGGAUGCCGUGUACGCGCGGCUUGAUGAGCUGGCCAACGAGAACGCCGAGCUGAAGGCCAGGGCGCAGGACUCGACUGGAGACGAGGUUGGGGCGGAUGCGGCGGCAGCAGCAGAGGCAGAAGCCAAGCUCGAGGUUCUCAACAAGCGGGUGACCAAGCUUUCGGACCGGCUGGUGUACGUCCAGGACAUGCUGCGGGCUGCGCUGGAGGCCGAGGAUGCCAGUGCAGUGGAUGCCGUGUACGCGCGGCUUGAUGAGCUGGCCAACGAGAACGCCGAGCUGAAGGCCAAGGCGCAGGACUCGACUGGAGACGAGGUUGGGGCGGAUGCGGCGGCAGCAGCAGAGGCAGAAGCCAAGCUCGAGGUUCUCAACAAGCGGGUGACCAAGCUUUCGGACCGGCUGGUGUACGUCCAGGACAUGCUGCGGGCUGCGCUGGAGGCCGAGGAUGCCAGUGCAGUGGAUGCCGUGUACGCGCGGCUUGAUGAGCUGGCCAACGAGAACGCCGAGUUCAACAAGAGCGGUGCGACAGUCGAAGCCGACGUCGAUGCCGAGACGAUCAAGGCUAAUGUGCGCCAGGCGUUGGAAGUGACAGACGAGGCCGAAAGAGCCGAGGCUGUGAUGUCAGCUGUGGAAGAGCUUUCGUCGGCCAAGGACGCAGCCGAGGCCGAGUCUCUGACGCUGCGGCGCAAGAUGGUCCUGCUUGGUGCCAAUGAGGAAGAUGUGGGCACAAAGCCAGUCGGAACGCUGUACGAGCAGCUGCGGGCGAGCGAGGCUGCACGGCGUGAGCUCGAAGUGAGAGUGUCCCAGCUGGAAUCUGGCGAUGUCGGACCGCUUGCACAUGAUGUGAUGUGCAAGACGGCGACAAGCGAGUCAAGCGGCGAGUCCCUGGAGGCACUGAAGCACAAACUUGCAGGUAUGCAGGAAACGCUGUCGCGGUACAUCCACGAGUCAUCGCGCGACCGGGACGCGGACGCGGUGACCGCGACGAUUGAGGAGCUCAUUGCGCGGCGGAUCGAGCUGGCUCGCGAGAACAAUGCGCUUCGGCGCGCUGCAGAGCUGAGCCCCGAAGCACUCGCCGCGCUGACAUCUCCUGGGCCAUGGAUCCGUAGGGUGUGGCGGCUGGCACGACAGGCCGCCACGCCGCGUGCACCGGCUUCUGCGCUCGCGGCGAUGCGGUCGGUGGUACGCGAUGCGCGCGAACAAUCAGCCCGUUUGGAAGAGUCACUCGAGCAGGCUGUGCGCCGGCACGGAGAAAGUGAGGAGGCUUUGGAGCAAGCGACGAUGGAACUUGCGCAUGUUCGCGGUGAGCUUCUGUCUUCUGUUGCGAAUGUGGAGAAGAUGACUGCUGCUGCCGAGGCCGCCAGGCUUGCAGAGUCCAAGGCUGUCGAAGCCGCUGGGGUGCGCACGAGGGAAGUCGAAGCUGCCAAGGCCGAGGUCGAGGCUGCUGCCGAGGCCGCCAGGAUUGAGGUAGAGGCUGCCGAGGUGCGCGUGCAGGAGGCUAUUGCAGCGAAGGAGGAUGCCGAGGCACGGGCCGAGGCGGCCGAGACAGCCAAGGUUGAAGCUGCUGAUGCUGCCCAGGUGCGCGUGCAGGAGGCUGUGGUGGCAAGGACGGAUGCCGAGGCGCGGGCCAAGGCUGCUGUCGAGACCGCCAGGAUUGAGGUUGAGGCUGCCCAGUUGCGCGUGCAGGAGGCUGUCGCAGCAAAGGAGGAUGCUGAGGCGCGAGCCGAGGCGGCCGAGGCAGCCAAGGGUGAAGCCGAAUCGGCGGCCGAAGCGGCCAAGGCCGAUGCUCAAGCUGCCGACGCGCGAGCCAGGGAGGCUCAAGCUAUGGUCGAGUCCGCGGUGGCUGCCAAGUCCAAAGCAACAGAGCUUGUUGGCGAGCAGCAGCGAGCUGCGGCGCAGGCCGAUGCAGAUGUUGCUGCUGCCAAAGCACAGGCUGCGGCUGCCCAGAACGCAGCUUCUGAGGCCGAGGCUGCGGCUGCAACUGCCAAGGCCGAGACCGAGGCUGCCAAGAGUGAGGCCGAGGCUGCCAAGGCCGAGGCCGAGGCUGCCAAGGCCGAGGCCGAGGCUGCCAAGAGUGAGGCCGAGGCUGCCAAGAGUGAGGCCGAGGCUGCCAAGAGUGAGGCUGAGGCUGCUCGCGCCAAGACGGACAAGGCCGAAGACGAGGCUGUGGCUGCCAAGGCCGACGCCGAGGCUGCUGUCGCCAGGCUAGCCGAGGCCGAAGACGAGGCUGCGGCUGCCAAGGCCGAAGCCGAGGCUGCUGUCGCCAGGCUAGCCGAGGCCGAAGACGAGGCUGCGGCUGCCAAGGCCGAAGCCGAGGCUGCUGUCGCCAGGCUAGCCGAGGCCGAAGACGAGGCUGCGGCUGCCAAGGCCGAGGCCGAGACUGCUGUCGCCAGGGUAGCCAAGGCCGAAGACGAGGCUGCGGCUGCCAAGGCCGAGGCCGAGACUGCCCACGCCAAGACGGGCGAGGCCGAGACUGCCGCGGCGGCAGCACGUGCUGAAGCUCGACAGAGCAUUGCUGACGCCAAGUCAAAGCACAAGGCGUACGCCAAGUCGUUGCAGCGCCAGAUCCUGGAGCUCAACAACGAGGUUUCGUCGCUGCAGGAGCAGCUGGAGCUGGCUCGCGGUGCGGUGGUGGGGUGGGAACGUGCGCAGCGAUCGGCCAUGUCGGACGCGCUGUCAGCAGACGCGACUGCGGCCAAUCACGAGCUGGAGCAGGCCAAGGCGCGGGUGGCUGUAGUCGAGGCGCGGAACCACGCGCUGGAGGCCCGACUGCAUGAGGUCGAGCGCGAGAACACAGUGCUCACCCAUUCGAUGUCUGUGGGUGGUACCGGCGGUGGUGGCGGUGCUGGGAACACGUCUGGCAUCUCCGUCUCACACUUUUUCAACGAGUCGUCCAUCUCCAUCCUCGACGCCGGCCGACUUGAGCGCGAGAUGGCAGACUUGAAGCAAGCCAAGCUCGAGGCUCAAGUUGUCGCUAACGACCUGCGCCGGGAAGUUGCGGAGCUCACCGAGAAGCUCGCCAACACCUCGACUGACGCAGAGCUGGCCGUCAGAGUUGAGCAGCUGGAGGCCUCGCUCGCGGGAGCCGACGCCGAUGUCGCCGCUGCCCGCAACGAACUCCGCAGCGAGUCUGAAGUCGCGCAGCGCCGUAUCGCUCACCUUGAAGAGGCACUCGCCCGGCUCAAGCUCUCGCUGGCCGACGCAGACUCCAAGUUCCUCGCCAAGGAGUCAGAGGCAGUUAUGCUGGCCGAGGCCAAGGGCCAGGCCGAACUCUCUGCCAGCAGCGCGCUUAGCAAGCUCGAGACCGAGGCUCACGAUCGGCGCGCUGCCCUCGCUCGCGUAGCGGCUCUGGAGGGCGAGCUGGAGGCAACCCAGGCCGCACUCGUCGAGGCCCAGGACGAGCUGUCGCGCAUUUACGAGGACAUGGUGCCCAAGGCCGCGUACUCGGAAAAGGUGGCUCAGGUUCGCAUCCUCUCCGAUGAGCGUGCCGUUCUCCGUGGCGAAGUCGAGGAGAUGCGCAUCGCCAAGAGCGAUCUCGAGUACGAGGUCUCUGUUCUCCAGACCAAGUACGCCCACCUCGCCACCCUCCGUUCUCCCAAGCCGCUGGCGCACCCAUCCGGGGAUCCCGCAUCGGUCCGCGGCGCCGACGCCUCACCGCGCCUCACUCGUUCAUCGUACCUCACCGAAGCUCUGGCCAUGGACGAGGCCUCACUUCGGUCAUCACACACUGUCCGCGAGUCACUCAGCACCAGCGAGGACUCCUCUCUUGCCCACUCCAUCUCCUCGCGUCGCGCUGUCCACGACGUGCUCUCGCAGCAAGCCGCUGCUGUCCUCGCCGCCCAGCCGGCCAACGGUCAGCCCUCGCCGCUACCGCGCCGACUCGUGUAUGCCUCGGACGGCUCGCUUGCCAUCUCGGAUUCGGAGUACUCGAUCGUACCGAGCCAGUUUGCCGCUUCGCAGUCACUUCGCCAUGUCGACUCGGCAUCAAGCGAUGUCUUGGCUGCAGACGACAAUGCACACGCAGCCGAGUAACCGCUAGCCGAGUAACACAGCUUAUUAUCAGCCU